GGGGGAGUGACAGACGACAAGAGCGAUGAUGGCAAAUCCAUCUCCACCCUCAGUUUCGGUGUCAACAGACCCACCAUCUCGUGCAUAUUUGACUGUGGGAACAGAUACCACCUCCGCUGCUACAUGUACCAGGCUCGGGAUCUGAUCGCCAUGGAUAAGGACAGCUUUUCAGAUCCUUAUGCCAUCGUCUCCUUCCUCCACCAAAGCCAGAAGACGGUGGUGAUCAAGAACACCUUGAACCCCACCUGGGACCAGACACUCAUCUUCUACGAGAUAGAGAUCUUUGGGGACCCCCAGAACGUGUCUGACUCCCCUCCCAACAUCGUGGUGGAAAUAUAUGACCAUGACACCUACGGUGCAGAUGAGUUCAUGGGGCGCUGCAUUUGCAAGCCCAGCCUGGCGCGCUCGCCGCGGCUCUCCUGGCACCCGGUCAUCAAGGCGAACAGAAACGUCGGGGAGCUGCUGGCCGCCUUCGAGCUGAUUCAGAGGGAGAAGCCAGCCAUCCAUCACAUCCCUGGCUUCGAGGUAAUUGAGCUUUCCUCCAGCCUGGAUGAGUCCGCAGACUUGGACCUGCCGUACCCCCCACCCCAGCGGGAGCCCAACAUUUACAUGGUCCCCCAAGGAAUCAAACCGGUCCUGCAGCGCACAGCCAUCGAGAUCCUGGCCUGGGGGCUGAGGAACCUCAAGAGCUACCAGCUGGCCAGUGUCACCUCACCCAGCCUGCUGGUGGAGUGCGGAGGCCAGCUCGUGCAGUCCUGCGUCAUCAAGAAUGUCAAGAAGAACCCCAACUUUGACGUCUGCGUGCUCUUCAUGGAAGUGCGUUUACCCAAGGAGAGCCUCUACAGCCCCCCCAUCAUCAUCAAAAUCAUCGACAACAGGCCGUUUGGCCGAAGGCCCGUGGUGGGGCAGUGCACCAUCCGAUCAUUGGAGGACUUCUACUGUGACCCCUACCAAGAGGAGACGGACGGUCCCCAGGACCACUCGGAUGACGUGAGCCUCACGCCCAGGGAUGAUGUCCUAAUUGACAUUGAUGACAAAGAGCCUCUUAUUCCUGUCCAGCUUGCGGAGGGUAUGACCAGCUCAGCAUUAAUUAACAUACCAGCUUCUCGGGCCCAGCCUCAUGAGGAAGAAUUCAUCGACUGGUGGAGCAAAUUCUAUGCUUCCACGGGAGAGAGGGAAAAAUGUGGCUGCUAUUUAGAGAAGGGCUUUGACACCUUGAAGGUCUACGAGAGGGAGCUGGAGAACGUGGAGGACUUUGAGCAUCUCUCCGACUUCUGCCACACCUUCAAGCUGUAUCGCGGCCGGUUGCAGGACUCGAAUGAUGACCCCUCAGUCGUGGGGGAGUUCAAGGGUUCGUUCAAAAUUUACCCUCUCCCGGAUGACCCGCGCGUCCCAGUGCCACCUCGGCAGUUCCACCAGCUGCCGGCCAGAGGACCCCAGGAGUGUCUUGUCAGGGUCUACAUCAUCCGGGCCUUCGACCUCCAACCCAAGGACGCCAAUGGAAAGUGUGAUCCCUAUGUGAAGAUUUCGGUGGGAAAGAAAUCCAUAAAUGACCAAGAAAAUUACCUCCCCUGUACGCUGGAGCCUGUCUUUGGAAAGAUGUUCGAGCUGAGCUGCACUCUGCCCCUGGAGAAGGACUUGAAGAUCACGCUCUAUGACUAUGACCUCCUGUCGAAGGAUGAGAAGAUUGGGGAGACAGUCAUAGACCUGGAGAACCGGUUCCUGUCGAAAUAUGGGGCGCGCUGUGGCCUCCCCCAAACCUACUGCAUCUCCGGACCCAACCAGUGGCGAGACCAACUCCGUCCUUCCCAGCUGCUUCACCUCUUCUCCCUGCAGCACAACUACAAGGCUCCCACCUACAAGUCCGACCGGAUCAUCUUCAGGGAGCAAGAGUACAUCCUCUCUGAACUGGAGGAUGGCAAACCCCUCAACCCCCACCUGGGGCCGGCGGAGGAGCGUCUCGCCCUGUACGCGUUGCGGAAGCAAGGGCUGGUGCCGGAGCACGUGGAGACGAGACCUCUUUACAGCCCUCUCCAGCCAGAAAUCGAGCAGGGAAAGCUACAGAUGUGGGUGGACUUGUUUCCGAAAUCUCUGGGUCAGCCUGGCCCCCCGUUCAACAUCACGCCACGCAAAGCCAAGAGGUUCUUCUUGCGCUGCAUCAUCUGGAACACCAAGGAUGUCAUCCUCGAUGACCUCAGCAUCACUGGGGAGAAGAUGAGUGACAUCUACGUCAAAGGCUGGCUGGUUGGCCAUGAGGAGAAUAAGCAAAAGACGGAUGUGCACUACAGGUCUCUGGGAGGAGAGGGCAACUUCAACUGGAGAUUCAUCUUCCCCUUUGACUAUCUCCCUGCUGAGCAAAUGUGUUACAUCGCAAAGAAGGAGCACUUCUGGAGCUUGGACAAGACAGAAAAUAAGAUUCCACCGCAGCUUAUCUUCCAGAUCUGGGACAAUGACAAGUUCUCUUUUGAUGACUAUUUGGGCUCCAUUCAGAUGGAUCUCAACAGGAUGCCCAAACCUGCCAAGACGGCUGAGAAGUGCUCCUUAGAGCUAGUAGAUGAGACCCUGUCUUCAAGUCGCUUUGUGUCACUCUUUGAACAGAAAACUGUCAAGGGAUGGUGGCCCUGUGUUGCUGAGCAGAACCAAAAGAAGACCCUGACGGGCAAAUUGGAAAUGACUUUGGAAAUUGUGGCAGAGCAAGAGCAUGAGGAGCGGCCAGCUGGCAUGGGUCGGGAUGAGCCAAAUAUGAACCCCAAGCUGGAGGACCCCAAGCGCCCGGAGACCUCCUUCCUGUGGUUCACGUCCCCGUACAAGACCCUGAAGUACAUCCUGUGGCGGCGGUACAAAUGGGUGGUUAUCCUGGCCAUCGUGCUCUUCAUUUUGCUGCUCUUCCUAGGGAUCUUCAUCUACGCCUUCCCG